AUGUCCCUCUCCUUCACCGUCUACCGCGGCUCCUCCGACGGCAAGAUCAUCGCCGACGUCACCACCCGCGACCUCCAGCACAACGAAGUCUACAUCGAAACCACGCACUCUGGGAUCUGCGGCACGGAUGAACACUUUCUUCACGCGGGCUGCGUGCUCGGACACGAGGGGAUUGGCAUCGUCAAGCAGCUCGGUCCCGGCGUGAGUUCCGUGAAGGUUGGCGAUCGCGUAGGGUUUGCGUAUAUUCGCAAGGUGUGUGGGGUUUGUGAUAAUUGCCUCGACCAAUACUGCCGCCAAAAACGCGCCUACGGCACCCACGACUUCGACGUCGGCAGUUUCAGCCACGCCACCGUCUGGGACGCCAGCUGCAUCUUCUCCAUUCCAGACGCGCUGGCCUCCGUAGAUGCCGCACCUCUCAUGUGCGCCGGCGGCACUGUGUGGUCGUGUCUCACGCAGAACGGCAUCCGGGUGAACGACCGCGUCGGGGUCCUGGGUAUCGGCGGGCUCGGACAUCUGGCGAUUAAGCUUGCGUCGGCGUUGGGGUAUCAUGUUGUUGCGUUGUCGGGGUCUGAGAAGAAGAGAGAGGAGGCGAGGGAGUUUGGGGCGGAUGAGUUUCGGGUUCUGAAGAGGGAUGGUAGGAUCGAGGGGGAUGGGGAUGGGGAAGAUGAGAUGAAGCCGAUUAAGCAUCUGUUGGUUUGCGGGAGUGGUGCGGUGGAGUAUACUUCACUAAUCCCCUUAAUGGACACCACCAGCACAAUCUACCACAUGGCAGUAUCCUUCGAAAACACACCCAUCCCGACCCUACCGUUACUCAGCAAGGGCAUCCGCAUCCAAGGCUCGUUCAUCACCUCGCGGAACAACCUGCAAGAGCUACUCGAAUUCGCGGCACGCAAGGAUAUCCGGCCCGCGGUCGUGAAGUAUCCGUUCGGCGUGGAGGGUAUUCAGACUGCGAUGGGGGAUUUGAGAGACGGGAAG